AUGUCCUGCUGUAACACCUGCUCCACCAGCUUCUGUGGCUUCCCCAGCUGCUCUACUGGAGGAAACUGUGGAUCUAGCUGCUGCCAGGAGAGCUGUGGAACUGGCUGCUGCCAACAAGGAGGCUGUGGGUUCGGCUAUGGGGCUGGCUAUGGUUUUGGCUCUGGGUUCGGCUCUGGAGCCUGCUGUGGGCCCAACUGUGAGACCACUUGUAGGACCAGGUGUUACCAACCUGAGUGCUGUGGAGUGAGCAGCCGUACCAGAUGGUGUCGCCCAGACUGCAGGGUUGAAGGCACUUGCCUGCCACCCUGCUGUGUGGUCAGCUGUAUCCCCCCAUCCUGCUGCCAACUCCACCAUGCCCAAGCCUCUUGCUGCCGCCCAUCCUACUGUGGUCAGUCUUGUUGCCGUCCAGCCUGCUGCUGCUACUGCUGCCAGCCUACCUGCUAA